AUGGUCUCCUUGUUUGGAUUGAAGCUCGGCAGUGACAGGAAAAAAUCCCAGAACCGUCGCAGCGGAGCCAAGGAAACCAAGGCGCCGCACAAGCGGAACCGCGUCGACCAAAACACCUUGGGUGAGGGCCAGUACUUUGGCCACAACUUCUCGCGGCCGCAGCUUCCGACGUCGGAUACCUGUCCAGCGACCCCAAACUCGGCACAGGGCAGCUCCAACUGGCGCUCCGUUUUCAAGAACCGCGCCGUGACCUCGUCAUUGGUGGAUUUGGAGCCCCCGAAGCGACGGCCAAGCGUGGGCAGUUUGCGACACGUCUCCUCGGAUUUGCAUCUCGGCCCCGUCGCCGCUCUGCCUGCCGCCUUGGGUGGUUCCGGAAUUCGACCCGGAAACCCGAACAGACCUGCGGCAUCGAGGAACGCAGAGUGGGUGAACCCGUUGGACGUUCACUUUGGCAAGGACCAGACGAGCCAGCGCCCCGGGCCUGCUGCCGCGGUUGCUGCGACGGUUCCAGCUGUCGCUGUUACCCCCCCGAGCAACGUAGGCCAGACGGAUGGGGCACACGGCCGUGUGGAACCGAGCAAGCCGACAACAGCAACCGCCGCCGCCGCCGCCGCCGCUGCCGCUGCGACGGCCUCUGGAUAUCCUGCGCCCAGUCACGCCCAAAAUUCAGCCGAAGAAACCGUCAUCCUUAAUGGGCAUCCAUCGCCGCCAGCAUCACACAGAUAUUCCGACGCAGCAGCCUCAUCAUCCCUCAACGAUGACACCUCUGGCAUCUAUCCCUCGGCUGGCGAAUUCAAAGCCAAUGCUUCCGGCGCGUUGACACAGUCAGAUGUCCCGGAAAUGGAGCCUUUGCCCAGCCCAGCAACAUCUGUCCGAGGAACGAGCGAAGAGCGCACCGAAGGUCCAGUUGUCCGAAACGUCCCCGUCAGACGCGACACUUUGGCCUUCCACCAACCUAGAAGACCGAGUUGCGCCCUAGAGUUUGAGGAAGGACACCGCCGCGCAACUACGAUGCAUUUGUCAACGGAAAGGUUCAGCGGUAACUUUGCGGACUUUGACUUCGGAGAGACGGUGACCAAGACUGCGAGCAAUACCACCGUCGGGGAGGAAACGACUUGCUUGGAACAUGUCAUGACUUCACGACUAUCCCGAGGCUCGUCCAACGAUGGGCAAGUCAAGCCGAACAAACGGCUCAGCAGUUGGUCGGUUUCUGGGCCCCACGCCGGGGAGCGGGAAGGGUCAGCUUCGCCGGCACCGACGCAGGCUUCCGAGGACCAAACAAGCAACUCUGCGUUGAUUGAUCAGCUUCCUCAGCCUCCCGGAGAGUCGGCAAGGUUCAGACCGCGGCAAGGCUUCCAGUCUCGCUUCGGUUCGGCCAGCUCGUGCCGAGCCCCGCCGCCAAGGCCACUCCGAUCCCUUGCAUUUGCACCCCCGCUUGAUGGCUUGGAACCGAGUACAAGAAGCCCGGAUGGGUCGCCAACAGACUUGAGCAGUGACGGUCGCCACAAGGGCUUGGAUGAGACUCGGGCCUGGCCCGGACAGAGACUGCCCUGCAGUCCGUUUUCGAAGCCCCCUUUGAGAGGAGACUUUCCCGUCUCCAAAGGCCUGCCCCGCGGGCGUCGACUGGAACCCCCUCAGACCCCUCAGACUAGCCCAGCGCCCACGCCCGACGUCGCGCCGGACUCGGGGGUCUUGUCAUUUCCCGCAUGGCUGGAUUUUGACCGGUCCAAGCCUCGUCGAUCGGCUAUGCCUGCGCCGCUGACACCGAAUCGCGCGUGCGCGAGCUUUGGAGGGAGCCCGGGCCUCUCCACGCCAACUUCAGCCACGGCGCUUAUGCCCAGCCCGACAUUGCCAUCGUUAGAGACGAGCCUGUCCGGCUCGAGCAACAACACAUUCGGGCCGGCCAAUGGCCACGAGCCCCCAGGCUCAGCAGCAACGGUGGGCGAAUUUCCAUCGAUUGACGGGCGACCGAGGUCCAGCGCUGGAAACUCCGGACGCGUCAUGGCAAAGAAGGCGCCUCCGAGAUUGGCGGCAGCAAGUUUGCCUUUAUUGGUAAACCACGACAGAUGUACGUCUCCGUUCAAGUCGCCGAGUGCCGCCCAUUUUGCCGCAACCCACAUUUAG